ACAGUGGUUUGUUGCUUGCGAGUCACGGUCGCAGCAGUGGUGGUCCGAAAACGUUGUAAAAGUUGUUAAUCUAGAACGAACUUCGCAAUUGUUGUUGCAUUCGGUAACUCCAAAACGUUAUAAAAAUUGUUAGUCUUGUAAAUGUGUCGCGCAGGUUGAAAACGUCUUCGAGAAACUGCAUUUGUAUACAGUGAGUGAGUGUGCAGGUGUUGUUGUCUCUGUCAGACGUACCUUUGACUUGAGUUGCUGUGCGAGCGAAACAACAACAAACAAGUUACAAGCUUAAUUCGCUGCUUCAGGUUGAUUGACUGUUCGCACGUGUCAAUUAACCCAAUAUACUCAUUUAUUGUUGUUGUGUGUAAACCGACGCAAUUCCUUCAUCACUAAAUGCAAAACUGGAGUUGUUAGACUCCAGCAGCAACGACGACACCAUUCACUCCACCAACUUGAAUAGAAAACUUAUCAAAAUUAAGAAGUUUAAGCUGGACGAUAUGAAGGAAAUGGUGGGCGGCUGUUGUGUUUGUUCGGACGAGCGGGGGUGGCCGGAGAACCCGCUCGUCUACUGUGACGGCCAAAACUGCACCGUUGCGGUGCAUCAGGCAUGCUAUGGCAUCGUUACCGUCCCCACUGGACCAUGGUAUUGUCGCAAAUGCGAGUCUCAGGAGCGCACAUCCCGUGUACGCUGUGAGAUUUGCCCCUCGCGAGAUGGUGCCCUCAAAAAGACGGAUACCAGCGGUUGGGCCCAUGUGGUUUGUGCCCUGUACAUACCCGAGAUACGAUUUGGUAAUGUGACCACCAUGGAGCCCAUUAUACUGACAUUAAUACCGCAGGAACGCUACUCGAAGACUUGUUAUAUUUGCCUGGAGAUUGGGAAGCCAAAUCGUGCCAAUGUCGGUGCUUGUAUGCAGUGUAACAAGGCCAAUUGCAAGCAGCAAUUCCAUGUGACCUGCGCCCAAAGCUUGGGACUACUCUGCGAGGAGGCUGGCAACUACUUGGAUAAUGUCAAGUACUGCGGUUACUGUCAGCAUCAUUAUAGUAAAUUGAAAAAGGGCGGAAACGUCAAAACCAUACCACCCUACAAACCCGUACAACAUGACACCUCCUCCGAUUCGUGCUCGUCUCCCGAGAAGGAAAUCGAUUCGACUAUGAACUCAGCAUCCACCUCAGCGACAAGCAUCAAAAUCACAAGCAGCACACUGGCUGCAAGCUCUACAACCAUUUCAAGCGGCGGUGGCGGCGGCAACGUUUCAUCCUCAUCCAAGCAACGAAAGUCAAAUGCAUCCGGGAAAUCUUCGUUGUCAUCAGGCAGCAAUUCGGCGACGUCAACGGUUCUGCCAAAUCCCAUGAGCUCCUCUAAUGCUGGAGUUGCUGGGAGUACGUCAACUGCCGGCAGUUUUCCACCCGGCAGCAGCAGCAGCGGCUCCAGCAGCAACAACAAUAAUGUCGUCAGCAAUAGCUUAACUAGCAAUAUCAGCAGUAAUGUUGCAUCCACGCAUGCCAGCAGCGCUGGCAAUAACACUGGCAGUGGCAAUACAAUCAACAGCAGCACGGUACCUGGCUCUGGAAGUGGAAGCGGUACAAUGGGACCCAGCAAUUCAAGCACCAAGUCAUCAGCCAGCAGCUCGAGUGGCAGCUAUAAGGAUAAACAUAGUAAAAACAUUGGAAAGCAGUCGAGCUCUGGUUCUAGCAAGGACAAGGAUAAGGAUGGUGGCAGCAAUUCAUCGAACAAUAGUUUUUCUCACUCAUCAGCCUCAUCGUCGUCCUCCUCAUCCUCGUCGUCGCGAGAGAAAUCCUCAAAGUCAUCCAAAAACAAGGAAAGCUCUAAAGAAGCCGCCGCAGCCACAAGCAGCAGCAGCAACAACAACAACAAUAUUGCUACAAGCAGCAGCAAUAUGCCCAGCGCCUCCAGUAUGCCGGCCAACAGCACCUCCAAUUCGCAUCCCAGCGCAGUGCCACAUGUGUCUAGCAGUGGCAGCAGCAGCGGCAUAUCUGCUGCCUUAUUGGGGGAGCACAGUAAUCAUGCCCAGAACCUGAGCACAUCGGCUCCGACAAGUUCAGCGGGCGGUGCUUUGGGGAAACUGCAAUUGGCGAGCAAUUUGGGCGGCGGUUUUGGAACUGAGUUGCAUGCCUCAAGCAGUAGCAGCAGCAGCCACGUCUUAAAGGAUUCAUCGGCUGUAUUUCCGGGAAAUAGCAAUGCAAGUAAUUUAGAUAGCUUGUCGGGCGCAGGUUCGUCCACAAACAACAGCGGCAAUGUGUUGGGCCCAAGUGGCAUCAGCAGCAAUACUUCAACCAAUUUAAGUAGCAGCAGCAAGUCAACUCUGUCUGUGGCAACUGCAUCAUCGACAACAUCAUCCAGUCAACCAUUAACAUCGGGCAGCUCGUCGGCUUCCAAGAAACGCAAAGCGGACACGGCCAAAUCAAUUAGCAGCAGCAUUAACUUGGAUGAUCACAAUAGCUCAUUUCGGGAUAUUAUUAAGGAUGUGCACGUGACGUUGACGCCGCUAACUGAUUUCGAGAAGGAAAUUGAAAAGAGCUCGAAACGGCAACGAACAGAGUUGAGUCCACCCACCCACCAAACAUCUGCCACCGCUGAGGUGAAUGCAACAUUAGCGAGUGCAACAACAGCAACGAUAGCAGCGAGCGGGACAGCGAUAGCGGCAACCACAGCGAGCACAGCAGCAACUACCUCAACGAGCAGUUCAACGGCAGGUGGAGGAGGUGCAUCCGUUGGUGGUUAUGUAAAAGCGGAGUCAAGUAAAGCGAGUAGCAGCAGUAGCAGCAGCAACAGCAAACAUGGCAACAACAACAGCAGCAGCAACAGCAGCAAGGACAACAGCAGCAACAGUGCAACAAGUGGUGGAGGUGCUGCUGCCACCAGCAGCAGCAACAGCAGUAGCGCUGGUGCCCCCAGUUUGUAUGUCUCGGUGCCGUUGUCCACCGCCAAUGUACCUGGUAUCAAUUUGCCCAACAGCAGCAGCAACAACAGCGGGAGUGAAACGCACGCUUCAACACAACAGCAAUCACAAUCCGCACAAUCGCCACUGACAGCAGGUGGAGUGGGAGGAGCAUAUGCAGCUGCCACGGGAGGAAGCAGCAGCAGCAGCUCAGGUGGAUCCUCUGCCUCUGUUAUCCAGCAUCAGAGUGGGAAAUCAUCGCCUGCAUUGGGUGCUCUGGUCAGCAGUAAUGCUGGUGGCAACACUGGCAACCUGACGGCCACCACAACAGAGAGUGGCAACUUGAAGAUCAGCUUUGAGAAGCAAACGACACGUGUACAGCAGCUGCAGGAGCAAGAGGCGUCUCCAGCGCGUCGCAGCAGAACUCCUGAUCUCAAUUUGGCGAGCACAACAAACAGCACGGCAACAACAGCAGCAACAACAGCAGCAACAACAACUAGCAGCAGCAGCAAUAGUCUCUUAAACCUCAAUCUGGGCAGCAGCAACACCAACAACAACACCUGUAGCAGCAACAAUGGCGGCCUCAAGUUCACCUACGAGUCACAAUUGGAUGUGCCCAUGUUGCCGGUUAGCGCCAUUAAAGAUUCACCACCAAGUUCACCUGGCUCCGAAAUCGGUGGCAAUCUGCAUUCAAAUCUGGCAGCAACAAUGAAUGUUGCUCCCGUCGCUGCCAGCAGCAAUUUGCGUAAACGCGGACGCAAGGCCAAAGAUGCAACACUGGCAGCGGCAGCAGCAGCAGCGACAGCAACAGUGGCAGCUGUUGCCACAGCAGCAGUUGCAACAGUUGAUCUCAAAGAUGUGCGCAUACUGCAGAAUGGUGUUGGUGGCGCUGGUGGUGCUGGUGCUGCAGCCAGUGCACCACCGGUUAGUGCCCCCACACCGCCAGCCACGCCCUCCACCAGCGUCUUGAGCAGCACCAGCAGCAGUGGCUCCAGUUCCGGCUCCAGCUCAAUUAUUGCCCACACGGCGACACAUAUGCUCGGCAAUCAUGUGAAUCCCAGCAGCAGUGUGGCACAGAAACUGUCGGAGCAACUGCACAUGGAGGUGCAGGAUCAUGCCAUCUACACGCCCGACUCCAUGUCCUCACAGUUUGCUGGCGUUCCAUUUCCCGGCAAGCAGCGCAAUUCGAGUGCGGCAGCUGCGAGCAACGCAACGCCAGCUCCUAAUCCGCUGCAAUCGAUGUUUGGUGGCGGGGGAAUCAAUGGCAACAUGCCCAUACCUCAAAGUCUGGAGCAGCUGCUGGAACGUCAGUGGGAGCAGGGAUCACAGUUUCUCAUGGAGCAGGCGCAGCAUUUUGACAUUGCCUCGCUGCUGAACUGUCUGCAUCAGCUGCAGAGCGAGAAUUUGCGUCUGGAGGAGCAUGUGACCAGUUUAAUUGCACGUCGCGAUCAUCUGUUGGCUGUUAACGCUCGUCUGCAAAUUCCGCUCAAUAAUGCGAUUAACAGUGCCAAAGCCGAGGCGCAUGUUUCCAGCAAUAGCAGCAGCAACAACAACAUCAGCAGUGCAAAUGCUCUCAAUGCAGCCACAACAAUUGCAGCCGCCGUUUCGUUGGCAACAACCGCUAUAAACACAACAACACCAACAAUGGCCAACAGUCGGGCUAGCAGCGCGAACAGCGUGCUGGACUAUCGCGGCAACACCAACAGCAGCAGCAACAACAACAACAACAAUAAUAUUAGCAACAAUGCCGCAUCAUCAAAUUCGAACGCAACCACAUCGACAACGUCAACACCAAUGUCAUCGGUUGGCAGCCUUGCAAUGGGAAAUGCAGCCAACUUGGGCUUAAGGUGA